AUGCUGACCAGCCUGGCCGACGGGCUCCUCUGCUGCCUGCUGGGCAAGGCCCCGAACGUGGUGGGGCCCCUGGAGCCCGUCGAGUCCAGCGACGGCUACAGCUUCGUGGAGGUCAAGCCCGGCCGGGUCCUGCGGGUGAAGCACGUCGCCCCCGCCCGGCCCCCCAGCGCCCCCGAGGAGGAACCCCCAAGGAUGGGCGCCGUGCGCUGCAAGCGCCGCAUCGCCGUCUACCGCACCGGCCAGGUGGUCAUCGAGAACCUGGCCGAGGCCCCGGGGGCGGAGGCCUCGGAGGCCAGUGCGGCGGCAGCCGGGACCCCCACGGCCGGCGGGGCCCCGUCGCUCAAACGCCGCCGGCCGAAGCCCAAGCGGGUGGUGCACGUGGAUUGCACGCAGCGUAUCGGCAGCUGCCAAGGGUCACACCGGGACGUGGUGCUCUUCUUCAUCCACGGCGUGGGCGGCUCCUCGGACAUCUGGAAGGAGCAGCUGGACUUCUUCGCCAGGCUGGGCUACGAGGUGGUGGCGCCCGACCUGGCCGGCCACGGGGCCAGCUCGGCGCCCCAAAUCGCUGCCGCCUACACCUUCUACGCGCUGGCCGAGGACCUGCGCAGCCUCUUCAAGCGCUAUGCCAAGAAGCGCAACGUCCUCAUCGGCCACUCCUACGGGGUCUCCUUCUGCACCUUCCUGGCCCACGAAUACCCGGACCUGGUGCACAAAGUGGUGAUGGUCAACGGAGGAGGCCCCACCGCCCUGGAGCCCAGCCUCUGCUCCGUCUUCAACAUGCCCCCCUGUGUCCUGCGCUGCCUCUCGCCCUGCCUGGCCUGGACCUUCCUCAAAGCCGGCUUUGCCCGCCAGGGUGCCAAGGAGAAGCAGCUGCUCAAAGAGGGCAACGCCUUCAACGUCUCCUCCUUUGUCCUGCGGGCCAUGAUGAGCGGUCAGUACUGGCCGGAGGGGGACGAGGUCUACCACGCCGAGCUGACCGUGCCCGUCUUGCUGGUGCAUGGCAUGCACGACAAGUUUGUGCCCGUGGAGGAGGACCAGCGCAUGGCGGAGAUCCUGUUGCUGGCCUUCCUGAAGGUGAUCGACGAGGGCAGCCACAUGGUGAUGCUGGAAUGUCCGGAGACGGUCAACACCCUCCUGCACGAGUUCCUGCUCUGGGAGCCUGAGCCCCUCCCCUCGGAAGAGGGCCCCCCCGUGGGGAAGAAGUAGCCGGCGGAUGGGGGUCCACCCUGAGGGUCCCGGGGCCCACGCUCCGGUGGCUGCCCCAAGGAGAGCU